GUGACGUCAUCUUCAGCAGCCCAAUGACAGCACAGAAAUUCAAAACUAUGAGCGGUAGGAAACGGAGGAAAUAUCUUAAAAUUUACUGUAGAUGCAUGCCUUGAGUACAAAAUAUUUGCAAAGUACAAAAUAUAUGCAAAGGAACACAGCUGUUUACAGGAUUUAUGUUUAAUUGAAAAUUCGUAAAAAUUAAUCCUGCACUGCAGUGAAGCGAAAACUAGUGUACUCCAUUAACUGCAAUGGCACCUCUCAAAUUUGUCAUUAAGUGUGGGAACUUUGCCGUGCUGGUGGAUCUCCACGUCCUGCCCCUGGGGAGCCAAGAGGACGCCAGCUGGUUUACUACAAGCGACAUCGAGGAAGUAACAGCUCUGAUUCGUGAUGCUGUGGACCAAAGAGUUAAGCAGUACACUGAAUCCUUAGAAAAAGGAAGACAGCCAAAACACAAAAAGGAGCUAGCACCUGCUUCAGCUUUUGUUGUGAAAGGGAAAAAUUUCAACCUAGUCGCCAAUUUUCUGAAGCGCCACUUCAACCUUCGAUGUAUUUUCAAGCAGCACCAGGGUGAAUUGCGUGUGUUUCCUGAGCGCUACGUUGUGUGUGUAAGCCGUCCAGAGGAUGCCGCAGUGCACUAUACAAAACCGAGCUCAACCACAACCGAGCUGAGCGAACAAAGCAGAUCGGAAUAUUUUUCCAGAGAGGGAGAAAUCCAAGAGUCUUUCAACUGCGCCACAAAAAUAAAGAAGACUGCGCUUCAAAAGAUAGCCCAAAAAUCUAAUGUCCAGCAAGAGCACCGGGAUCCCAAUGAGGGGGAGCAGCAAGUUGAGCAAAGAGCCUGCGUUGAAGACCAAAGCGGGACACGUGAUGCUCAGAACUCCUACACAAGCUCAACAGUGAGUGUCUGCAGUACUGGAAGUAUGGCCCCUCAGAAACCUGAGCAACAACCACCCUGCUCCAAUGCUGUGACUCAGAACCAAAGCCUGACCUAUCAGAGGAAAAAUGAUAAUUGUUCCCCAGACAACACGAAGAAGCCAAACUUGGCCUCAGCAGUUUUGUACCCACUUGAAAUCAGUCCAGGAACCAGGCGAAGCAAGAGAGGUAAACCCAGCGAUUCCGAAGACCCUCGCCCACCGAAGGCCAAGAGGACAGGCCUCAAAGGAUCUUCAGCCACAAUGCCAACUCGCGCCAGUGAGCGCUUGACGCAAACAUCCGAACACGAGCCUCGUCUGCCGCCGCCGCCGCCCCUUCCUCCAGACGAAACCAAGGCAGCGUCCAAGGCUUUCCCAGUCGCAGAGUACAAGGAAACCACAGCGCAAGUAGAGCUGCUUACUCCAGGGAAACGGAACCAAAGGCUCCCCCUCGCAAGCAAUAACACAGCACAGACGAACCAAAACAGGCCGGCCGCAAGUCGGAGGGGCCUAUCUGUCAAGCUUGCAUCCUCAGGCGCCUCGAUUAGUUCCAGAUUCACAGGCGGGGAGGAGGGAAGUGAAAAUGUGCCCAGAACCUCGAGAUUACGACGAGUGAAGAGGUCCUGAGGGGGACAGUGAAGCUACAGUAAAAAUGCCUGACGCCAUCCAUAUAGAAAGAAAAUUGUGUCAGGCUCCAUCACCCCCGCCCGCCCUUGCAAUUGUACACACACAUGGCCCUUUACUACAAUUACUAUUCUUUUCACACAAAACCACACAUGCAGCUCCAAUACAGCGCACAUAAUUGAUACAUGAGCGUUUUGAGUUAUGUUUUGUCAAAUACUUGAAACAGACUUCGCCUCCACCCAUAAGUAGUGGUGGUCAAGAGAGGCUUGCAAAUGAAAGUCAAAAACCCUUAAUUGGAGUUUAGACUCGGGUUUUGUGUUAAAGAUUGGGGAUUUCAGACAGGCAGGAGCCAUGCAGUAUGUCAUGGCUUUUAGGCUGAAAUACUGGCUCCCAUGUGUCUGUAAACUGUCCGCUUUCCCUGCUCAAGCUCUGCUGUGAUUGAUUGCUGUUUCCAGAUUUAUUUCAUCUGUUUGAUUUCUCUCUCUCUCUCUCGCUCUUUUUUUUAUUGUUAGAACGUUUUCAUUCAUACAUCAUUUCCAUUCAUACUCAUGUCUGCACUUACGAUUCCCAACAUGAAAUGCCACCAAUGUGGCCAGACCUUUCACUUGUACUGCGGCAUAAGACUUUAGUUUCAGUCAAUAGACACGAUUGAAAUGUGUGCUUUUAUUUGUUAGUACCAAGGCGUUUGACACUCUAGGAAGAAAUCAAGAUCCACAGUCUGUGCCAGCUGAGCAUCUGCCAAGAGCCACACGUUCCUUAAGAGUGCAGGGUAACGACUCCUAACUCAAUUGAAAACUUAUGAUGCUCUACUCGAUGACAUGUCACCCGAUAAUAUACUCUUUUAAUAAACCUUGGUUUUACUGGAUAGACA